AUGAGGUUGCAUUUCUCCCUCCUACUAGCUAUCAUUGCUGGCACUUCCGGCCAACAUCUCACCAUCUCCGGACUCUACCAGGGAAUGAGGAUGUAUCUCCAGUGGGACUUCACUAGUGUUGCUAAUACUAAUGGAUCAUGGAAGAUUGUGCUUUUCAGAUCGAACAACACUGAGAAUGAUGUCUUUGUUGGUCAAAUCAUCGUCGAACAGCGAGACUCUCAGGACAGUGAUCACUGGGACAUGCCUGACGAGUUCCAUGAAGGAUUGCCAGUCUUCUUUAUGGCUCAAGACUCGAGCGGCUUUACUGCGUCUUCAUGGUCCGGACCGUAUGAUUUUGGCAUCCCCGACCGCCUGGCACUCAGCAGAGAUGCGACACUAGAUCGGGAUGGAUACAAUUCAGGAACCUCACUGGACGUCAUUGGGCCGCCAAACCCUAGCCCUGGUUUAGGCAACACUGUCACAGCAACAGACUCAACAGGAGUCGCCACCACGAUUACCACUACAACGACCCGUGGGCCGUCGAGUGCUGCCAUAGGCACUACGAAGGCAUGCUCAUCUUCCCUACCAGACAACACCAACGAAACAACAAGCACCGGCGACGCAGCGGUCAAUGGGCUGACCAAAGCCGCCUUAUCGGGAGCCAUCCUAGGACCUGUGAUCAGUCUGCUCACAAUGUCCAUGGGUUUCGUCUACUUCAAACGCCGCAACUGGCUCCGUUGCUUCUGCUGUUCCGCAAGCGAUGCAGAGACAGUCAACGAGGUAACAGAGCAGCCGCAGGCGCCGACAUUCAAGUCGUUGCCCAUCUACAUCAACGAUGAAGAAGGCACCGAGUCGAUUGACUUCCCUUCUAUAGAACGACCGGCGUCUCUUGCAGCCGCAGAGGCCACAACUUCUAAGCCGGUCGACGAGAGCGACUGGCUGAAUCACUCACCUCCCGACGACAUUCGACAAUUGCACGUGCCAGCAACAGCUGAUCAAUUUGCUGGCAGCAAGCUCCGGAGUCAUCCACAUUCAUUCCAAACUAUCACUACAGACUCAACUUCGUCACGCAGCGACUCUCGACGUCAACAAGUGGAAAGUGGCAGAAAUAGGCAGUUUGCUCAUGAACUGUCUACAGACGGUGGAAUACCGACGCCAAAAGCAUAUUCUGGAUUGGACUGA